UUUCAGCAUUGGCUUGACCCAACUAAAUCGAUCAAGAAGCAGGUGAAAAUUGGGCCGCCGUAUACCUUCAGAUUUAAGGUCAAAUUCUACAGUUCUGAGCCAAAUUUACUACGAGAGGAACUGACCAGGUACCAGUUCUUCCUGCAGCUGAAGCAAGAGAUACUCACCGGACGACUCGAUGUGCCUUACUCAUCAGGGAUUGAGUUAUUUGCCCUUAGCUUGCAGUCCGAGCUUGGUGACUAUGAUGAAACGGUCCACACGCCUGGGUUUGUUUCCGAAUUCCACUUCUGCCCAGGCCAAACUGACUCAAUGGAGGAAGACAUACUGGAGAAAUACAAGGAAUACAGUGGCCUGACCCCAGCCCAGGCGGAGCAGAGUUACCUGAACAAGGCCAAGUGGAUGGAGAUGUAUGGGGUGGACAUGCACACUGUUCUGGGUAAGGACGGCCAGAGUUACCGCCUGGGCCUCACACCGACCGGCAUCCUGGUGUUUGAAGAGGAGACAAAGAUUGGACUGUUUUUCUGGCCCAAGAUCACCAAACUCGACUUUAAGAAGAAGAAACUGACGCUGAUGGUGGUGGAGGAUGAUGACGAGGGCCGCGAGCAGGAACACACUUUUGUAUUCAGGCUCCACAAUGAGAAGGCUUGUAAACAUCUGUGGAAAUGCGCAGUUGAACAUCACUCAUUUUUUAGGCUCAAGGCUCCCAGUAAAGGUCCCUCCGGCAGACAGAGCUUCUUCAGGAUGGGGUCUCGUUUCAGAUACAGCGGCCGGACGGAAUUCCAGACCACAUUGCAACAGCGGACAAGACGAACUGUGCAAUUUGAGCGUCGACCGAGCCAGAGAUUUGCACGUAGACAGAGCCACGUGCAGAGAGAGAGGCAGAGGAAGAGCAUGGCUGAGCGUAGAGCAGAAAUCGGAAAAGCUGCGACUUCUACUCCUGAUUCCACUACUACUGCUACUACUACUGCUGCUACUGCUACUACUACUGCUGCUACUACGCCUCCCCCCUCCCCUGCUGCUACUCUGGGGAUCGGCGAGCUUGACGUCCACCACCACCGCCACCACCCUGAGGACCGCCUGGACUCCCUCAUAAGGACCAUCGCAAAGACCUCAGGGCCCUCAAGUCACCCUGAGCCGAGCAUUAAUGAGUGUGGCCAUAUUCCGGCAAGGCCACUGAAAGAAACGCUUUUGGAAUCGUUGACUUUAACAGCUUCCUGCACGGCCGCUGGGGGUGGUGAGGGGGCCGAAGGGGGUAGAGAUGCUGUAGGGGGUCUCGACACAGACACACUUCUCGGCAAGAUGAAAAAUAUCGACACCACCUCCACCACCACCACCACCACCGCCACCACCACCGCCACCACCACCCCGCCAGUGCCGAGGGUGAAGGACGUCAAUGUGGUGGUGGUGCCGAACAACCAGGCCGUCGGGAAGGGAUUAGGGGGGGUCAGGCCUCCUAUACCCCCAGACCAGUUUAAGUCAAAUAUUCUUAAAGCCAAGGCAGAGGAGGAACUGAAGAAGGCUCCGCUGACCUCUGACCUUGAUAAUAAGAUCACCAAGAUUAAAGUGUCUAAUGGGGAUGAGACGGAAGGUUUGGCAACGCAAGAGGUGAAGGUGGCAGACACAGGAGCUGCAAAGUCUAGGCGAGUGGCAGAGGUGUCAGCAAACAACGAAGGAGCGACAUUUGUGGCAGUGGACCAAGGCACCACUACUACCACCAUCACCACCGCCAGCCCCACCACCACCAGCACCACCACAACCACCACCACCACCAGACCACCACAGUCCCUCAGCCAAAUGUCCCCGUGGUUGGUGGCGGACCCUCCCUCCCCCCCCACCACCACCACCGCCGCCGCCACCGCCAAGAUCCGCACAGUGAUCACGACGGAACUCUGAUUGUGGUGGAAUUGUGGUUAGGAUUAAGAAAUGGUCAAUGUGUGUGUGUGUGUGUGUGUGUGUGUGUGUGUGUGUGUGUGUGUGUGUGUUUAUAGGUAAAAAAACACACAAAUAA